GCAGUAUAAAUCCCCAGCAGGAAUACUCUGCUGCUGACAGGCUGCGGACAGCUCCUCCACACAGACAGAAACAUUAAAAGCAAGAGAAAAAAGAAACAAAGGCAGACAGAGACAGGCAAUAAAGGAAAACGCAAAGAAAAAAAAACUAUAUACAUAUACCCAGUGCCAUUUUUUUAAUUGUUUUUUUACAAGCAGUAGGUGCUUUGUAACCAAACUUAGCUAUUUCACCAAGUGCUUUGCCAUGAGCCUUUACCUGCUGCUCUCCAUCCUACCUGCUCUCUACCUGCUGGGGGUACAGACCGCACCCCUGACUCUUAGAUCCCCCCAAAAACGAACACAGGUAAGUGAUAUUUCUUCAUUACGUUCAUCAAAACUGUUACCUGCUGUGCAGUGGUUCUAGUGGCAUAAGAUAUAUUUUGUCUGAUCUAUGGACACAUGCAUUCUGGUUUACCUUGAUAUAUGGUGCCAGAACAUACAGGAUCAUGUUUAUUUGUAUAUAUUUUUGUAACACAUACUCUUUGUGUGCAGUCUAUAUAAAGCAUCGGUUAUUGUUACUUUGUGUAACCAAUCAGCAGCAGACAUUGGAGGUUGGGUAUAUAAGAACAUACUGGAGCAAAGGAAAAGUUCUAAAAGUGGUGCAAUCAGCAGGAAUGUUGCAUUUAUCCACUGUUAACCACACAAUUACUCUUUAUAAAUAACCUCCACUGAUUUACUGGAAGCACUUAGGCACCAAACGUUCUGGGUUAUUUAUAAUAGCUAUGAUAGGGGUGGGGGGAAUUAUAAAAGUGAAACAAUCAUCAGUAAAAAUGCUGUUAUUUUCUAUCGAGAUUGCUCACUGUUAGAACUUUGCCACACAGCUAAUCUUUAUAAACAACCCAUUGUGUUUCAUUAUGAAUCUGCCUCUUAUGGGUUUGUUUCUGUGUAAUAAUGAGGUAAAGAGUGUAUUCAAUGGUUUCUUAAUUUAUCACAUGAUGAUCAAUGUGUCAGUGCUGUGUAAUUCAUUUUGCAUACCUAUAAAUGAUACAAAAUGCAAACUUGGUUUUUAAUCAGAAAAUGGCUCAUACCAUCCCAGAAUAUCAGUAGGGGUCCACAAUAGGACCUUUAUUGUAUGAGUGUGUCAUAGUCUGAAUUCUAAGCCAAUGUCUGUCUUUAAAAGCCUUAAUUGGCUUUUUUUCUCUAAAAUGUCAUAUAAAUUGCAUUAGCAGCAUUUCAUUGUGAUAACUGAAGUUCCUUCUCACAAGCCCCAAUUUAUAUGCAUUGUCUAUGGACAUUUAGUGGCAUAUUGUACUUUGAUUGCCUAGAGCAGGCAGCCAGAGGAUUUUAUGAAUUGUAAACCAACAAGAGACCAAGUGGUUUUAAAAUGUUGGCAAGACUUUUAUAACAUUACUUUCGCUGACAUGUUCUAUCAGUGACUGCACUGUACACAUCAAUCUUGUGCUGGCCUUUGUAAUCCUUUUGUCAGUGAUUAGGUGCUGCACAUUAAAAUUAAGUAGUCACAUUUUACUAUGUAGUGGAAUGGUCUGCCACUUUACAAGAUGUUGUACAGUUUAUGUUUUUUUGUAUUCGUAUAUCUGUGGAAAGGCUUCGCUAUUACUGGAUAGGACACUUACCAACCCAAGUGGUUUGUUUAUAUAGAAGUGAUUUGAUAUAUAUAGAAUUGUCCUGUUUUUAAGCAAACUCUUGUCAUCUCCUUUCUGUAAGUGGGAGGUCACUGGUAAAUUGAUAUACAAUCCCUCCUUUCAUCUUCUUCCCCUGUAUGUUUUAAAGACCUAAUCCUCUCUGUAUACAUUAUAGAUUCAUUUUUACCAUAAGUGUUUUUUCUCUCAACAACCCUUAAUGAACUGUAAUAUUUGAAAAAAAAUUAUAUUUGGAUAACAACACCAUAGCCUGGAAAUGUAUAGUUGUGUCUGCAGAGUCUUGCUUCCAGGAUAGAUGUGCUGCAGGUCUUUCGACUGAACAGUGGUCAGGAUUUUCUGAUUGCGAGAGUGUGACAGCCACAGGAUAACUCUGGCAGACCUUGUUUGUAUAAGGGAUGUUGUGUUUCUGUGCUGUCAGCUGCCUAGGAUUUGGAAUCUGCAGGCUGGCAUUUUUAUAUAUCAGUGCUGAGUAAACUGUAUGUUCUGAGUGCCUUUCACCAAACACAAAUAUACACAUACAUAGAUUUGAACAAAUGCACGUGCACACACCACAUAAACCUAUCCUAAUUUUAGAGGAUAGAUAUCAGAACCAACUUUAUAUGGAGCCUAAACACUUAAAUAGUUGCCAUAGCAUAGUAUGAGGCCUGGGUAAGUUUAUCCCAAAGAAAGAUGUCGCUUCCUAGUGAAUUCCUAGCAUGAGAAACUCAGAAUUUGUGAUUCGACUCUUUCUCACUAAAGCUCUAUGGUGUGCCUUGCUCCAAGUACACAUACUACCCAUCUACUCUAGAUAUCAAAGGUUCAAUGAAUGAGUGAAUAUAGCCCAGAAGGAUACAUCAGAUGCCAUAGUGACAAUGCAUUUCAUACAUUCUCUAGCUAUUGGGAUAAAAAACUAAGAUCUUUGGAGUCUUGCAGUCCUAGGCUGGCACAGUUAUCCAGGCAUAUAGCAUGUGCAUGACAGUCAGUAACAUGCAAGAUAUAAUUACCACCAUCUGCAUGCAGGAUAACAAUAAGCAUGAUAUAAGUGACUCAUAUCAUGCUUAUUGCUAUCCUCUGCCGAUAGUGUACUAAUAUUUACCAGAAUUUCAAACUAUUUGCCCCAUCUCCAUCUUGGCCUACUGAUGUUAACAAUUGGCCUUCAUGUGCAGUCCUGGUCCUACAUAUUUAGAGACCAUCUAACCUUGUCCCAGUGAGAAAUUGUCUUUGAUGAUGCUUAAUUCUGUGUCCUCCUAAUCCUCCCAGGGAUCCCAUUUGCCACAUUAUAAGCUCUCCAUGGACAUUUACGACCAGACCAGCCUGAGAUUACAUCCUGUAAACCUCCACUUUGAAUGCUGUUAGCCUAAAUGAGAUUGCCCAACAUGCUACUCAGCAACCUGGAGGCAAAUGUUGUUAUAGUUAGUAGAGUGAAGUGGCUGUUUCAUUCUAUUUGGUACCUUAUAUAUAUUUUGCAUGGUGUCAGUAUAACCAGUUUCUGUCCCUAAUGUUUUCCUAUUACUUCCCAACCUGCUCAUGGUGUCCAUUGUAUUCUGAUGUCAGCUAAGAGAUUUCCUGCAUAUUUCUUCUGUGUCUCCUAUCUGACCAUAACUGGACAUUCCAGUUCCCCUCUUUGUUGCUCUGUCCAUCUUAUCGCCUCUUUCGAUCUAGGUCUCACCUGCAUGUUCUUUAUUUUCUCAUCGUUAAUACACAUCUCCCUUACUUGCCUCAUUACUUCCUAAAUGCCUUUCUCUAGACAGAUGUACCUUUGAUUCAAGGUACAACAACAACAACCAAUCAGUACAAAAUAGAAGUGGCAAAGCGUGGCAACUGCAAAGAGCCCUUUAAUAUCCAGAUACAUAAAAAUAAAUUUCAUUCUAAUUGACUGCUUCUCCAGGCUUUGGUAUAACAAUAUCGAACAAUUGCUCCAACCUGCCAGUAGUGGUAACUAUUUGCCGUUUUAAAUUCAGUGCAGUGGUGAAUCGCAGCAAGUUACAAGCUGGAGCCAUUAGUAUUUUAUCAAUGUUUGACUGGUUACCCCAUCUGACAGUCUGUGUGUAAGCAACAUCAAAUCCAAGGCCACCGUUACCAUUUGCAGGUUCUUGGACAAGAGAGAUUUGCGUGCCUGUCCUUCAUCCACACAAACACAUAUAUGGUUAGCCUACACACUUGAAAAAACUAGUUAGCCACAUAAUUAUGCAGAAGUAUCCAUUCACACACAACUAAUAAGCCAUUUGCACAUACAGAAAUACAGAAUUUGCCAUUCACAUGCAUAUAUAACUUGCCACAAACACCAAAAUAAUUAGUAACUUACUCACACAUCAUGUAGAACAAACACUAGCACAAAUACACUAGCACACAGAUGCACACUCAGACACAUUGGUACACAUAAAUGCACACCAAACACAUACACAAAUGCACAUUCAUGUAUUUUUAAUUGCUUUUCUUUUCUACUCACCUUCUUCACCUUCCUUUAUUUCUAGUGUGGAGGAGCAAGAGAGAUGUCUACCAGGCAGCAGAGACUUCCUGUCUGCUACUAGACUUGUGCAUUCAGUUUCAAACAAAGCGAGUUUUGGUCAAUGGGCUAUUCAUCAAUGUUCUGCAAGUCCCAAACAUCAAUUUGUAGAAUCAAAAAACAAACAAAACGGGCAAUGGACCAGCUGUUUUGUUUGUUUUGUGAUUCGGAGUUCUGCCCGGACCACCAGAAAAAAAAAUUAAAUGAAGAAGAGCUGAUUUUCUUUUGUUUUGCAGUACACUAAUAUGCGCGUUUUAACGCCAUUCUGAUUUGUCUGAACCGUUUUUCCUGAAACUAUUGUAUGCGUGAAAUUAAUUAGAACUGAAACACCACGUGGACGAAAUUUGGUUGAAACACAAAAAAUAAAAUUUUCAGACAAUUUGAUUCGGACUAACCAAUAUUUUUUUGACAUGCACGAGUCUACUGAGUAUUCUAUCCAUUAAUAGGCAGUGCGUGUCAGGAUAUGAUCUCACAUUGUGAAACCCAUCGCCCAUCUCAGUGAUAAUAUGCGGCAGGCAGAGUUACUGACAGUGUCUCUGGGUGCCUGGCCAUCUGCAGGUAAAGUUCUGUGCAGCAUCCAAUGAUAUCAGUGUGAGAGCCCUUCAAUUGUGGUGCUAACAUCUGCUUGCCCCACCAAAAGGGCAAAAUAUUAAAUAGCUCUUAUUAAGUGACAUGUUUCAAGUUAGUGUUUUACCUUAUUGCUACAUUUGAAAGAGACAUACUUUAUUAUCAAAAAUAUGUCUUCAUUCUCCGACCAACUGAUGAGAGUUGUAUUUAGUUUAACAGCUAAAUUGAAGGUAUGUUGGAGCAGACAAUGGUCCUAUAAUAUAAUCUGCCACAAAACUUAAUCCACAAGAAAUAAUCUAUGAAAUAUCUGGCCAAUGUUCUCUAAACGUGGCCUGUAGUAAAUCGUUGAAAUACAUAUGCCAGUGGACUGGACAAUGUUGAACUAUUGAUAGGAGUAGUAGUUGAACGGUAUCUGGUUAAUUUAUGAGAAUGUCUGGGUCAUUUCAUCCAUCACUCUUACAUUAAAUGCUAGAUUAUGAUUUAAAUCCAGUAACAGCUGCAUGGGUUAUAGUUGCUCAAUCAACCACGUGGUGUGUUUGCAUAUAAGAGGUGACACAAGGUGAUGCUGUACUCUAAGCUCCAAUGAUAUCUUUAAGAUCGGUCCAGACGGAUUCUAUGUUCUUUCUUAGCUAUUUGUGAUAAUCUGAAAUGUUUACUUUCUGUAUAAACAGGAGCUGAAAACAUUGUACAGAUUGAGAUUUCACUAAAGAGAGUGGGGAGAGGGAAGGGAUGGAUGUAAUAUGGAAAAAGCAGAAGCAGUCCAGAACUAAAAGGGAAAGUUGUAAUAUAUUUUAAACAUAUAGAGGAGGCCUGCCUGAGAAGUAGAUUUAUGUAGAUUAAACCCUUUAAUAAGGUUAUAUUGUGAUGUCUUGCCCACCCUUUUGUAGAGUUAAAACAGAGAGAAAUAAUAUGCUAUUUUAUAAGUGACAUUUUGCAUUUGGGCAGUUCACAUAAUCUGGAAUGCAAAAUUCUCCAUCUCACAAAACCGUAAGCCUCACUCUAAACUUAAUAAUGGUGCCAAUAUAAAUAGUGCUGAAAUGCACUGCGUUUGCAAUACAUUUUGGGUCAUGCUAUUUUGAAUUCGCUAUUUUAAAAGGAUUGCUUAAAUAAGUGAGCAGUGAAAAGGGAGAAAUUUGAUAUAAAAACAAUAAAUGUGACUUAUAUUAGAAAUAAAAUUGUGACACUUUGUAGCAGAGAUCACUACACUGCAUAUUCAAAUAACUGUUUAUGAUUGAACUUAGAAAAAAUAGAUAUUCACAGAAUGUAAGCUCAUUGAGCAGGGCCCUCCACCUCUCUGUUCCUGUACGUCCAGUUGUCUGGUUACAAUUACAUGUCUGUUAGUCCACCCAUUGUACAGCGAUACGGAAUCUGAUGGCGCUAUAUAAAUAAUAAAAUAAUAAUAAUAACUUGAGAAACAAUGUAUACAAAAUCAUUAAUGUUGCUUUAUUAUUUUUUCCAAAAACUAGUAAGUAUAACAUAAUAUAAUAAACAAACAAAUAUACAAAUGAAAUAUAUAUAUAUAUAUAUAUAUGAAGGAGUGUAGCCAAAGCAUGUUUUUAUUUAGACAAUGGACAAGAAACAGAAAACUGGAGACUUACUGGAUACCUGGGGCAGGAUAUAUUUGUGGUCUAUAGACCAGCGUUUCCCAUUUGGUGUUCCACCGCACUUUGGGGAAACAAAAUAGCUGCUGCUGAUAAUUGGGAGCACUCUCCCCUGCUCGGCUCCCUCGCACUCACCGCAAUGAUGCUGGAGCCGGGUUAUGGACCCCUACAUUACUAAGAGGCACACAAGGGAGCUGAGCAGGAGGAUCACUGCUCCCUCGCCGCCCGCAGUGUACGUCCGCACGCCAGCCGCUCAGCCCAACAGCCCCACUGGACCCCAGGGACCACACGCCAGCUGCUCAGCCCAGCAGCCCCACUUGAUCCCAGGGACUGCACGCCAGACGCUCAGCCCAACAGCCCCACUUGACCCCAGGGACUGCAUGCCAGCCAUUCAGCCCAGCAGCCCCACCUCCCCAGGGACUGCACGCCAGCCAUUCAGCCCAGCAGCCCCACUGGACCCCAGGGAAAUAGAGACGCCAUGCCAGCACUCCCUAAAGGUAGGGAGGCUGGGUGGAGUGAAAUAAAAAAAAAUUAAAAAAAAUUGUGUGUGUCUGUUAAGGAGUUUGCAUGUGUGUUUGUCAGUGAGUAUGUGUGUUUCUCAAUGAGUGUGUAUAUGUGUCAAUGAGUGUGUAUGUGUGCUUGUCGGUAAGAGUGCAUGUGUGCUUGUCAGCAUGUGUGUAUAUGUGUUUGUCACUGAGAGUGUAUGUGUGUUUGUUAGUGAGUGUGUGUGUAUGUGUGUUUGUCAGUGAGAGUCUAUGUGUGUUUGUCACUGAGUGUGUGUGUGUGUAUGUAUGUGUGCUUGUCAGUGAGUAUGUGUGUUUGUCACUGAGAGUGUAUGUGUGUUUGUCAGUGAGUGUGUGUAUGUGUGUUUGUCAGUGAGUGUGUGUAUAUGUGUGUUUGUCACUGAGUGUGUAUGUGUGUUUGUCAAUGAGAGUGCAUGUGUGCUUGUCAGUGAAAGUGCAUGUGUGCUUGUCUGUGUGUGUAUGUGUGUUUGUCACUGAGAGUGUAUGUGUGUUUGUUAGUGAGAGUGUAUGUGUGUUUGUCAGUGAGUAUGUAUGUGUGUUUGUCAGUGAGAGUGCAUGUGUGCUGGUCAGUGAGAGCGUGUGUGUGCUUGUCAGUGAGUGUGUAUGUGUUUGUCAAUGAGAAUGUAUGUGUGCUUGCCAGUGAGAGUGUAUAUGUGUUUGUAUGUGUGUCUGUUAAAGAGUAUGUGUGUUUGUCAGUGAAAGUGUAUGUGUGUCUGUCAAAUAGUAUGUGUGUCAAGGUUUGUGUAUGUGUCACUGUGUUCAUCUGAGUGUGUGUGUGUGUAUGUGCCAGUGUGUAUUUGUGUGUCAAGGUCUGUGCAUGUGUCAAAGUGUGUAUCUUUGUGUUUGUGUGUAUAUGAAUGUUUGUGUAUGUAUCAAUGUUUUUAUAUGUGUGUCUGUGUGUUAAUUUGUUUGUGUAUGUAUGUAUGUACGUGGAAUACAUACAGCAAUCAUAUGUGCAUACAUCCCAGCAAUCAAACAUGUAUAUGUGCAUUCAUCCCAGGAUUCAAACACCACCACAACAUACAAACACAAACAUUGCAUACAAAAACCCCUGGAUUCAAAUUUAUACACAAACACUCGAACAUACCCUUCACUCAAACACUUAAACACUAAUACUACACACAAUCCGUAUUUAAAAGCUAACACUACAUCCAAGCACACCCCUGCACGCAAAUGCAAACAUUACAUACAAACAUACCCCUGCACACAAAUGCAAACAUUACAUACAUACACACCCCUGUAUCAAAACGCUAACAUUAUAUACAAACACCAGCUGUCAUGGCCGGACUGGGAAUACAAAGCAGCCCUGGAAAAAAAAUAUAUGCCACUCUCUCACUAGCAGGCACACACACAAGCUCUCUCACUUGCAGGCACAAACACAUGCUCUCUCAGUAGCAGGCACACAUACACACACAUGCUCACUCAUUAGCAGGCACACACACACACACACGCUCACUCAUUAGCAGGCACACACACAAGCUCUCUCACUAGCAGGUACACACACAAGCUCUCUCACUAGCAGGUACACACACACACAAGCUCUCACUAGCAGGUGCGCACACACACACAAGCUCACUCACUAGCAGGCACACAAACAAGCUCACUCCCUAGCAGACAAACAUACACACACAAGCUCACUCACUAGCAGGCACACACACACAUACAAACUCUGUCACUAGCAGGCACACACACACACAAACUCACUAGCAGAUACACACACACACACAAACUCUGUCACUAGCAGGCACACACACACAAGCUCUCUCACUAGCAAGCAUACACACACACACACACAAGCUCUUUCUCUAGCAGGCAUACACACACACAAUCACUGUCAUGGCUACAGCUUACCUGGCACUGGUAGGUGAAGUUGCCUUUUUGCCUCUUCCUUCCAGCGAGGUCAGCAAUGUGCAUGGGGGUGGAGCUUGCAUACCGGAGGUGGAGCUUCCAUUCAGGAGGCGUGGCUUCCAUGCAGGGGCAGGGCACACGGCCAAAAUUGAUGUUAAUUUGGAAGGGAGACUGUGACAGGUCUCCAUCCGGGUGCGGGCAGCCUAAUUGCGACCGCACCAGCCCCCAGCUCCUCCCUCAUUUCUCUCCUCGGACUGACAUAGCUUGGCACAGUCCUGGGGGAAAAUACUUCAAUUACAGUAGCCUGAUGAUUAGGGCUGUAUGCCCGGCCCCAGGUGCUGCGGCCCACCGGGAAAUUUCCCGGUAUCCCGGUGUGCCAGUCCAGCCCUGCCAACUGUACACACAAAAGCACACCUUUUUUUUGGGUUCCACAUUCAAAGGGUUCCAUGGGAAAAAUGAAUUUGGACAACAGCUGCUUUUGGAUGUUCUAGCCCUGUAUGGGAGUAGUAGAAACUCUGAAACCUGUAUUUUAUAGUUAAUUUGUCGUCAUCUUAUGUUUGUGUUCAUACAAGAAUUUUUACAGAUGCUACAUUGUUCACAGUACCAUAAGAGAUUAUUGUGUACUAAGUCUGCUUUUUAUGUAAAUUGUUAUUUAACCUGCAUGUUGUAAACAAGGGGCUUUGAAGAGGGUUAGUUACAGGCUUACUAUGAUAAUUGGGGGGUGGUACAGAUGAUGAAGAAGUAAAGGUUUGGUGGGAAAUUUAUGGUGUAAUUUAUGGAUGAAGAAGUAGAGGUUUAGUGGGAAAUUAAUGGUGUAAUGGACUGAAACCUUUAGGCAUGAAAUAUUUCUUCUGGUCACUAAAAACAAACACAGGCUAUUUAUUCCAGACUGUCUGCAAAACCCAUAGACCAGCAGACCAUUUAACAUAUUCACUACUAGGGAGUAAGAGUGCAGAGGGAUUCAUUUCACCAUUUUUAAAAGGAGAAGGGAAUUCCACGCAGUCAGUGAGUCUGACAGUGAAUAAUGCACUCAUCUAAUGACUCAUACUGACCUCCUGAAUAACUGUCUGCACUCCACUAAAUGGUACUGCCCUCCAGUGGAUGAACGUAGUCUACACGUGAACAGCCAUGCAUAUAAUGUCUAUUGCCUAACAGAACAUUCCUGUGUCUGCUGUCAAAUCAUUUUGAGUUGAAUUAUUAUUAUUAUUAUGAUAUUUAUAGAGCGCCGUCAAAAAUGGGUGGACGAACAAACAUGUAGUUGUAACCAGACAAGUUGGACACACAGGAACAGAGGGGUUAAGGGCCCUGCUCAAUGAGCUUACAUGCUAGAGGGAGUGGGGUAAAAUGACACAAAAAGGUAAGGAUAGUAUUAGACUAGUGACAGUUGCAGAAGAGGAAUCAGUCAGGAGCUAUUAACAGUUUAAUUGAUACGCUUUAAUGAAGAAGUGGGUUUUUAACAAUUUUUUUGAAGGAGUGGAGACUGGGUGAAUCACCUGGUAUUCAGUUGGGUGAAGCUCCGUCCAUUUUUCUUAACACAGCAUAGUCCCUUGGCACCUGAUCCAAGUCCAAUGGAAUAUCUAUUGACUUUUUUUUCAUUUCACCCAACAACAAACUUAAUAUUAACCUGCCAAGUUUAAAUCUAUCAUUCCACAAUGGAGCCCUGACUGACGGUGACCCAUUCCAUUUUAUUUCGGUUUGACUUGGUUGAUCUGUUAGCUGUAAGUAGUGUUACCCAUAGAGUGUAUUUAUGGGAUCUCAGUAAUAUUCUCUGCUCAAGUCCAUAGCUUUUAGAGGAAGAAGGGAAGAAGAUAACAGUAAUUGUGUAUCAGACAGUUUUAUGAUCACCUUUCUCUAGGUUCAUCAACCAUCAACUAGCUGUGCAAAAAUAGGCCAGACUUCAGCAAUAUCACUACUGUACUCUGUCUUUGCCUACCUUCUCAAGCAGCGCUUCCACUAGGAGGGACAUUUAUCAAGACAAAACUAGGUGCUAUCCUCUGGAAAAGUAACCAAUCACUAUGGAGUCACAAUGGAAACAAAUGCAUUGUCUCUCAACAGUUAGCACUUUGCACCGAAAAAAAGCAUUUGUUUUUCUUGAUGUAAUUAGAAGUAUUGACAGAGUUAGGCAGCAUUAUGCAACGUGUGAUGUUGAUAAAUGUGAAGACUUUCAAAAAAUUUAAGUCUCCAAAGUGCCUCUAACGGCUGUUAUUAUAACAAAAUGUAAAUGUUGUUUUACAUUGCCAUAUUUUUAAGUUGCAACAAAACACAGUAAAACUAAAUUAAAGGGAUACUAUAGUGUUAGGAAUACAAACCUGUAUUCCUAACACUAUAGCUCCUUCUGCCUCCUCCCUCGUGCCAAAAACCCUUUAUUUAUUUACCCAAUUAAUUACUUACCUGAUACUGAGUCAGCACUCAUUGCUUUCCUACGGGGAAUUCUCUGAUGCUGGAUGUCAUGCAGAUCGUGAGGAUGUUCCGUAUCAGUUAGGCGACCAAUAGUCAUCUAUUGGUCAUCUAGCAAGGAAUCGUCUCUAGUGGCUGGCUACCAGCAUGACACUACAUGACUAAGGUUCAAUAGGGACACUGUGCCCAGACCACUUUAAUGAGCUGUUAUAGUCUAGGUGCCUAUAGUGGCCCUUUAAGUCAAGCUGAAAAAAGUAGAAAGAAGGGAGAAAGGACAGAAAAUAAAUAAAUCUGAGAUUCAGUUUUGAACAUUAUAUUGGCAGUAUGUAUAUUCCUCAUAUUUUAUACAGGAUCUCCACAUUUUAGAGAAAGAAGAUGUAUUACAGUAUAUAGUUGUUCAUUUUUCCAUUUUGAUGUUGUAGGUUUUCACAUAACCUCGCUAAAAGUGUGGUAGAAACAUGGAGCCAGCACUUGGCCAAGUGACAUCUGGCAACCAAGGCAUUUUACAGAUUUAUUUAUGCUCAGGUUAUGUUAAAGAAGGAAAUAUGCUCAUGGAGUUAGGGGAGGAGGUUUUCUAAGUACGUAUGUAACUUAUGGACCUGCUCCAAAUCGUGUUUAUGCCGUGUUCAUAAGUUCCUCUACGGCUGUACAUUCUCCAGCAGUUCUCACUGGGGAUUCAUCCCAAUAGUAAAGAGCCUAUAAUUUCACACACAUAACAGUUUUAGUUGUAUAUUCCCAAAGCUCCAGCCACAUAAUGCAUUCUAGAUUCCCCUCUACAAGUCAGACUUCCAUGUGAAACAUAAAGCAGAUAUUUUCAAUCAGGAAUAGAAUAAAAACAUUAUAGAAUAUUAACCAUUUUGGGUAUGUUUCCUGAUAAUAUAAUUUGAAAAAAAUAAAUGUUUACCAGUAAGCUUGCUGUCAUGGUAUUAUCUUUGACUUUGGCUUAACUCUCACACCCCAUAUUCAGUUUGUCAUGAAAUUCUGCCAUUUUCACCUUAAAAACACAGCCUGCAUCCGUUCCUUUUUUACCCAAGAUUACCGGAAUUCUCUCCUAACUGAUUUCUCCAUAAACAAUACUGCCUCUCUUCAGUCCAUAAUGAAUGCUUCCUCCAGGCCUUUAUUUUUCUUUUUCCCUUAGCUUGCCGGUAGCUACAUUGACUUUCUGUAUCCUUAAGGAUUCAACACAAGAUACUAACAAUCACAUAUAAAGCUUGUAAUAUUUUUACCCAUCACUAAUGUAUAGAGUCAGUCCCUAUUCAGCCAUUCUGCUCUACCAUUAACCUUCUUCUGGCCUUUGUGGCAACUGUACUGCUAAUUCUCAUCAACUGGAUAUUCCAGGUGCAGUUCCAGGUGCCUCUCUCCAUCACGUUCUACUUGUCUUCAAUGCUUUAAGAAGUCCCAUAAAAAUCUUCUCUUCAAGCUAACUUAGAACCUUCCAGAUAUUGAAUAAAACCUUGUAAUCAGAUGUAAGCCUUUUUUAUAAAGUGCUUUGUUUUCUUUAAAUUUCAUUUACAUUUCCAACAAUUUUUCUUUAAAUUUCAUUUACAUUUCCAACAAGGCAAAUCCAGGGUAAACAUUGCUAAUGAAGAUGAUAAAUAGAAACACUGCUUAAUUUCUCCGCAUCCAUCUGUGCUUUCUCUAUGGUGACUGCAAAGUUUAUAACAGUGAUUGACAGGGAGCUAAGAUGGUGGUACCCAGUUGCAACAUAAAGGAAUAUGGAUAUAACUUCACACUUCAUAAAUACAUAUUAGGCAAAAAUAGGGACAGUUCCCCUUUAAGCUUUCUGGCCCUAUUCUAACAUAAUUUGUGGCUUCCCCUUUCAUACCAUCAAACUCCAUUCCAAGCAUUUACCUAUUUAUCAUAUCCCCCACACUGCUCUUCCUCUUAUCACUAAAUACCUCUCCUCCUUUAGAUUGUAAACUUGUUUGAGCAGGGUCAUCAAUAACCUCUUGUUUUUUGUUGUUUCUUAAAGGACCACUCUAGGCACCCAGACCACUUCAGCUUAAUGAAGUGAUAUACAAAACACGCUAAUCACCAAUUAAAGGAGCAAACACACAAACAGGUAUACAAAUACCUAAUUAAUUCCGAACUGUAGAGCAAAUAGGACUCCUCCCAGUCCUCGUAAUACAAUAGAAAUAGAAAAGAUCUACAGAACAGAAAAAAUAAAAACUCAUAGAGUAGUAUAGCCAAAAUACAUCAAAUCCCUGCUAGUUUGAAUACACUCACAGGCAUAAAUUGAUAGUAGGCAUAUCUCAAUAAUGAAGAGCUGGAUAGAAGGGAAUCCUCAGUACGAAUACAUGGACAUGUAGGAGAGAAAAUAGACCGCAAAUAAGUGUAGAUUGUAAGUAAUUUUAACCCUGCACUGUAAUAAGUUACACUUACAAGUUAAUAAUGAUAUAAAGGCAUAUCAUAAAGUAUCCUCCACAGCCAUCCUCCUCCAAUUGGUGGUAAAAGAACAAAAUAAGAGGAAUACUAUGACUAGAAACUAUUUAUUAACAUAAAUUAAAAUAAAUCAAUAAAUAAAUAAACAAACUGUUAUAAAUAAGCGGACUAAAAAGUUCUCUCUACAAAUAUCCAACCCUACGCGUUUCGUCCUCUGUAUGCCGGACUUCCUCAGGGGUAUCAGGAUCUCCCGUGCAGCCAUUUAUUUAUUGAUUUAUUUUAAUUUAUGUUAAUAAAUAGUUUCUAGUCAUAGUAUUCCUCUUAUUUUGUUCUUUUACCACCAAUUGGAGGAGGAUGGCUGUGGAGGAUACUUUAUGAUAUGCCUUUAUAUCAUUAUUAACUUGUAAGUGUAACUUAUUACAGUGCAGGGUUAAAAUUACUUACAAUCUACACUUAUUUGCGGUCUAUUUUCUCUCCUACAUGUCCAUGUAUUCGUACUGAGGAUUCCCUUCUAUCCAGCUCUUCAUUAUUGAGAUAUGCCUACUAUCAAUUUAUGCCUGUGAGUGUAUUCAAACUAGCAGGGAUUUGAUGUAUUUUGGCUAUACUACUCUAUGAGUUUUUAUUUUUUCUGUUCUGUAGCUUAAUGAAGUGGUCUGGAUGCCUGGUCCAGCUAGGACUAACCCUUUCUUCUAUAAACAUAGCAGUUUCAGAGAAACUGCUAUGUUUAUAAUACUGUUAAUCCAGCCUCUAAAGCCUCUAGUGGCUGUCUCAUUGACAGCCACUAGAGGUGCUUGCGUGCUUCUCACUGUGAAAAUCACAGUGAGAAGACGCCAGCGACCAUAGGAAAGCAUUGUGAAUGCUUUCCUAUGAGACUGGCUGAAUGCGCACGCAGCUCCUGCCGCGCGUGCGCAUUCAGCCGAAGAGGAGGAGAGGAAGUGGAGAGGAGGAGGAGAGCUCCCCGCCCGGCGCUGGAGAAAAAGUAUGUUUUCCUGGCACUAUAGUGGUCCUUUAACUGUUUUAUGUUCAGCAGAAUAUUUUGCUAAAUAAAUAUCAAUAAUAGACAAUAAUAGCACUUAUUAUUGCAACAUGCUGACUUUGUUUCCCAAACCUCCGUUGCAAUCUACCCUGAAACAUCCCAGCGGGUCAGUCCUAUUCCGGAGAGCAAUUAUCUUACCUGCUUAAUAGACAACAUUCAUCAAAUUUCCACUUUUUGUUUUUUAAAGUUCAUUACAAUUAAUGAAACAUAAUGAUAUUUUUUAAAUGAUGUGUCUUAUUUUUUAAGUUCACUUUUUUAUCUGGCUGAGCAGCCAUGGUGAGUCAGAAUCUAGUGUUGUGUACCCAAACUGAUGCUCAACCAAACCUGUCUGCUGCUACGAUUGCUCUAAGUAUACAUCAUUUUAAACCACCACCCCCCAACAUCCCCCCCCCAACUGCUUUAAACCAAUAUUAGAAUGGCUCUGUGAGGCCACAACCCACAAACCCUGUUUGCAAGUGGACUGUGGAAAUUCUUUUCGUCACCAGGCCUCCACAUGUUUAGGUUAACCAUCACUGGUCUCAUUAAUAAAUUAUUUAUUAUUUUCAAAAUAACUACAACAUGGUAAUUAAACAAAAACUGCACAGAUAAGUAAAAACCUAACGUCAGGCGCUUUCAACUUUAAUGUGCAAACCUAUAAAUAGUAAGUAGUAAUAAAAGUAAAAAUACAUAACAUCAAACGUAAACAAGCAUUUUAUAAGUGUCCUAUAUAUGUUUUAUAUUAUGUGAACCUAAGCUAACAUGAGUGGUGAAGUAGGACUUAAAAAGUUACUCGAACCCUUUUUAACUUUUCUUUUUUAAUGUAUAAUGCCCCAUUUGGCACUGCUAGCUAUGUCUAAACCACUUUAUUACUUACCUGUAAUCAAGUGCCGGGGGAAGCUCCUUUCACAGGUUUCCACACCCCAUCUGACGUCACUUCUUCUCUCCCUGAGGUCCAAUGAAGAAGCACUCUGACCGGCUCGGAGCGCAUGCAUGUGCUCUGAACCAAGGAGGGGAGAAAGUGAGGGUGGACAGAGGUGGGGAUUUUUUCUGAUGAUCUGUCAAUGUAUGGAGGUAGGGAGGGCUGGGAAUGAGCAGAGAUACUCGCUUUUCCUUGAAGCCGGUGGACUGUUGGUCCAUCUGCUAAUGUCUUCAAUGGAAUUAUUCUGGGAGUCAUUGUCCUUUGGAGUCUGACAGUUUUGAGUACUACAAUAGAUGUGUUGCCUGUUUUAAAAGGUUGUGUCACUAUAUUUUAUAUUAUAUUUAACUGUGCACUACUAUAUCUUCUAAGGAGUGGGGUGGAUUUGCCUAAGGGGAAAGUGUGUUGGUGCUGCUUGGCAGAAUUGAGAUUAUGCAGCCAAACAAGAGUUCUGGGCUGCCUAAGUCACAUGUGCCAGGGGGUGUUACUAGCCCCUGCCACAAACUGCAAAUAUCUCUCUGUAUGUACAGCAUUCAAGCAUAAACUCUGCUCACACAGACUCCUUCCUCCAUUACCACUGCAGAAGUGGCUAUGAAGACUGGAGUAACCAUUUAAGCACUCAUUAUUGGUGUUCUAUAUAAAACUUCAUGUAAAAUUUGAAAAAGUUAUUAAUGUUUGCUACAUCAAGAUGACACUCUGUGAAAUGUACUGGUGUUUGUGUUUACACCUUUACCAUUAAACAAAAACAACAAGGAAACUUUUUUUUUUUGUCUUUUCACAGGGAUUAAAUGCUCCUAAACUGAAAUUCCCCAAAACAAGUUCUUCAACCUCCUCGGGGUCACUGUCAUUACGUGCUUUAUUUUUGUCCGUUAUUUUACUGAAUUUGAGCACUUCUGUGACGAUAGUCCUGUACAAUGAUGAAAUAUGUGGACAAAAAAGUACAUAUGAACUUAUAUUGUGAUUCCAUUAUAAUGUUCUACACUGCAGAAAAACUUGGAGAACACCACAUUAGAUACAGUGUAUUUGUUUGAUCUCAGAGCCCACCAACAGACAAUCAUGUCUUCACUGUUUUAGUACAGUUUAAGUAAUGCGUGGCUCAGUCCUUUUCAUUAAAAGAACACUCCACUGUCCACAAAAAUAAAAAUAUCCAUAUAUAAUAAUGGUUGAAUGAAAACAUGCAUGCAUUUAAUUUUUCAUGUUUUCAUUUGGGGGCAUAUCUAAAAGCAGGUUGCAAAAACUGCACAACUCUUUUCUGCAAGUCCUUCCCUUCUAACCCUGCCCAGACUUUCUGUGGCUGUCAAAUUACUGACUUCGCAAUGCAGCUUAGAGACAAGUCUUUGCAAGGCAGGUGCCCUGGGCAAUUGCUGCCUCUUGAGUUUAGCUCACUUGAGCUAACCAAACCAGGAAGAAAAAAGACCAGCUGUAUGAUUGACAGAAGGGGGAUGUAACAAGGUCAGCUUACUAAAGUGUGAGUUUCUAUUAAAAUCUUCACUCUUUGUAAAAUGAAAAAAGAGGGGACACACUUCACACUUAAAGCAAGCUAAAGUGAUUUAGGUAUUUGGAUUGUCCCUAUAAGACUACAGUACACCAGCAACUUCAUCUUCUCAAUUACUAGGCUAUUUGGUGCAUCCUGGUAGCAGGCUGGUUUGCUAUAUAUUAUAAUGAUACACAACAAUCAUGCCACAUUUUUAUUAAUAAUUCUGUUUUUUUUGUGAACAGGGACGAACAUGGAAAGAUCAAUCUCUUUUAUGGAUGCAGCACCAAACUACUAAGGGAUUCCUCAAUGCUCCUGACUCAAAGAAUCCCCCACGAUGCGGAGUACCAGAUUUUCCUGUCUCUCCAGAUUCUUCUAAUGGGCACAACCGAAAGAAACGUUUUGUGUUAUCUGGAGGACGUUGGGACAAGACCGACUUGACCUACAAGUAAGAGUUCACAUCAAUAUGAUCUGACUCAUUUCCAUAAUCCAUAUGCUGCCUAUCUCCACCCAACAUGAAUGUGAGUGAUGUGAUGAGAAUGAUGGAGGAAGAAUGUACUUUAGUGUCAGCUUAUGUGAGUGCCCUUAAAAGAGAGGGAUUUAGUAAAUGUCACACAGAAAAAACAAAAACAUUCAAUGACAAUUGUUCAGUUCCUCACAAAUUCUUAACAUUACAGACUCUGCAUACAUUAUUCCCGUCCCUCUUCUUUGUAAUUUUACAUAGUUCUAAUGAUGUUUUAGGAUUAUCCGCUUCCCGUGGCAGCUUAGUAAGGUGAAAGUGAGACGCACAAUUGCCGAAGCAUUGAGAGUAUGGAGUGAAGUAACCCCUCUAAACUUCACUGAGGUCCGUGACGGACGGUCUGACAUCAUAAUUGAUUUCACGCGGUGAGUCUCAAGAAUUUAUCUUAAAUGUCCUUCUUAGUGCAUUUGGAUUGAAUAGUUGAUUCCUUCCAAAAGAUUCUCAGCUUAUUUGGAUAUGCCCAUCGAUAUUUCAGAUUGUGUUUUCUCAAAACUUUCAGUGGUACUCUGAAUUCCUUUUCCAACUUUCUCGUGUUGAUUGAUGGAUCUUAAAAAACCUGGAUGUCCUUAUAAAUUUCUUCUUUUUUUCUGGAAUUUCUAAAAAGAUUUUGUAUUUUUUCUUUAGUAUUAUAUGAAUGAAAUUGAACGAUUACAUCUCUGGAGAUAUUCAAUGGAAGGUUUAGGUGUACGGUGUACGGUGCAAUCUCUCAAACAUUGUUUUUUAAUCCCUAAUUGAAGUUCCUAUUCAAGAAUAUAUCUUAAAUGUCCUUGUCAGUAGAGGUUUAUCUGUGGUCUGAUAUAUAUGUCACACACAGAGGAUGUUAUUUUAUCGAAUGUGUUAUUAAAACAUGGUUUCACUUUUGUUCUUUGCAGGUAUUGGCAUGGUGACAACCUUCCAUUUGAUGGCCCAGGGGGCAUAUUGGCACAUGCUUUUUUUCCAAAAACACAUCGGGAGGGGGAUAUACAUUUUGAUUAUGAUGAAGCUUGGACCAUUGGGACCAACCUAGGUAUGUGAUACAUGUGAAUAGUAAUAAUGUAGUUAUAUGCAAACCUUCUAAAGACAUCACAAGCCUGCACCUUGCUACAGAAUUAGUAUGUGCUAGGGGUCCUGCAUUGUUAAUUGUGCUCCCAAGUGUGAAUGACAGGGUCUCUCACUAUCCUCCUUGUCUGUCCGUGUCUUAGUUCCCCUACUCCUGUUGCAGGCACAGAUCUUCUUCAGGUGGCAGCCCAUGAGUUUGGGCAUGUGCUCGGCCUGCAGCAUUCAUCAGUCUCCAAAUCACUGAUGUCUCCUUUCUACACAUUCCGUUACCCACUCAGUCUGAGUGCAGAUGACAAGCUUGGCAUCCAGUACCUAUAUGGACCGCCACAACCACCAACUCCUCCACCCACAAUUAAACCUGAACCAAAACCAACAGAGAGUGAGAGCAACGAGAUCCCUAGUUCAGAGGUAAGUAAAGCACAAAACAAAACAAAGUAUAAUUCCAUCUGCAAAGUAUAUAUCCUAAAUGCAUGUACUAGAAUGAGAUGCUUUCUGUUUUUUUAUUUUUUACAGGUAGAGAAUAAAUAAUGCAAACACAAAGGAUUAUAAUAAAGGGAUACCAUGGGCUGGCUUUGACCCCUUUUUUAUUGAAUAAUACAGAGAAUGCAUUAAUAAAACACAUAAAAAAAUACAUUGGUAAAAAAAUGAUAACAAAAAAAACCUCUACUACUUCUACUAAUACUGUGUAAGCAGCAACAGCAGCAAGCAGAAACUUCCCAUACCAAGAGGCAGACCCCUUCCGUACCAUCAGAAACAUGUUGUGCUCGCCUUUGGGGGUUUUUCUAAUCCCAUAAACCUCUGUGUAGUUUAUCCCCCAGACGAUGUUUAUCAAAGGAUGAUGGUUCUCAUGCGUGAUAUUAUGAAGGAAUUUCGUCAGUUGUAUUCCUAAGUAGGAUAGAGAUUUUUUUUUUCUACGCCAGUCAAAGGUGUAUGUUUGCGCCAGCUGUGAAGCUGUGGUUUGCAUGAGGUUGAUAAGCUGUGCUUGGGUUUAGAGGUGUUGUUUUUGUAAUAGGACACCCUGCUGGAUGCUUUUAAGAGAUCUAACAAUUUGGGAAUGGAAGCAAACAGGUCUGUUAUAAAUAGGAGGAUAUUGUCAGCUAAGCUAGACAACGUUUUUGUGCCCCCUGGGGUAUUCAAGCCUUUGAUGUGUGUGCACUGGUUUAUAAGACGUGUUCAAGACAUGAAAUAAAAAUUAGCGGAGAUAGCGGGCACUCUUGACGAGUGCCAUUGUGUAUGCGAAACGACAUGGAUAGGAAGCACGUGCUAAAUACCUUGGCUGAUGGUUGGCUAAAUUAGUCGUAGGCAAUCGACCUCAGCUCGUGUGUGAUUUUUCUUUUGGCCUUGUUGAGCGAUCCCGCCAUCUGCCUUUCUCCUUGGAGGCGUUUCCGUGAUGUGGUAGUUGGUACCACAGACGCUCAUGGAGGAAACAGUCCCCAAUCUCUGAGGAGACACAUGCCAUCCUCUAGUACAUUGACGAUGUGGUUCCUACCAUUUCUCCAUAAAAGGGUGUUUGUCGGGUAGCCCCAGCGAUACUGUUGGUUUCUCAGCGUCUUUGUUACUGUGAUGAAUUCUCUCCGGCGGUUCAUCGUCAGUGCUGAUAAGUCAGCAAAUAGCUAGAUGUCAUUGUAUGGCUCUGGCAGCUUGGGGAGAUCCCGCGCUGCGAAGAGCAGUGCAUCAUUUGUUUUAAAAUAGUGCACUACCGCGUCCCUUGGAAUAUCUUGGGUGAAUCUUGGGGGCCUGGGUGAGCAGUGGGCCCUAUCCAUGAGCCGCUCAGCCUCUGCGAUAUUCGGCAACAGGCAUUUGCAGAGCCCCAUGAUAUAUCCAGAUAGCGCAUCGGCAGCCACAUUGUCCAGGAUACCUCAGGAGCGGACAUUGUUCCUCCUUGAGCGGUCCUCGAGAUCCGCCAGCUUACGAUUAAGUUCCUAGAAACGUAGAAACAUAGAAUGUGAUGGCAGAUAAGAACCAUUCGGCCCAUCUAGUCUGCCCAAUUUUCUCAUCAGCUGGUGCUCAUCAGCUAGGGUUUGCACUGUAUCAGCCACUUCGUUGUGCGCUGUGCAUAGUUCUUCAGUGUGAGCCUCAAGGCGGUUGGUCCUUUCACCAAGAUCCGAGAUCUCUCUUUUUAUUUCGCUGGUCACUCACUUGAGAUCAGAUUGGAAUGUAACUCUGAAUUCCUGCAGCAUGACAUACAGCGUUUUCUCAGUGACCGUGAGAUUUGUGAAAACGCCAGGCCUUCGUCGCCAUCUUGAGUAGGCCUUUUUUAGCGUGGUGGAUCAUGUCCAUUAUUUUCGGGGUUUUUUUACCUGUGACUUUGCAAGCGGCAGGGCAGAGUUUGCAGCAUUUAUACAGGCUAUCGGGUGAAAUAGGACCGGGAGCUCUCACUCCAUGAGUCCGUUCACCUCGGCAGCUAGCCACGUCCCCCCGUAAAAUUUCACUUUUAAGGGGAUACUCCAGACCCCUAGAGCACUUUAGUUUGCUGAAGUAAUUUAUGUAUGAAGAGUGUGUCCUCUUUUAGUUUUACAAAAUGUUCACAAUUCAAUAGAUUUGCGCUUUUAUAAAUUAACCUUGUUGCAACCCCUGGCUAUUAAUCAGACUUGUCUUGUUACUUCCUGGUUUGAUUAGGUUAGUGGAGAUAAACUCAAGAAGCAGCAAUGGAUCAGAGCACCUGCCUUGCAAAGAUGUGUCAUUGAACUAUUUAAUAAAGUCUGUGAAUGGACAGCCACAGAAAGUCUGGGCGGCGUUCGAUUGGGAAGACUUGCAAAGGCUUUAGGCAUGAGAGCUUCACCUUCUGUGAGCUGCUUUUAGAUAAAACCGCAAUAAAAAAAAAUGCAUAAGUAAAUGUUUUAAUUGGGGGUAUAUCUAAACAGUGAUUUUUGUUUAUUUUAUUAUUAUUAUUUUUUUAUUUGGGCAGGGAGUAUCCCUUUAAUGUCAGAAAUCCAGAAGCCAGGCUCACAGCUGUAGUCGGUUUUGCUAAAUUGUUCUGAAAAGGGAGACAGGUUGCAUGAUACUCUCUGCUCUAUAACCUUUGUUGUGAACCAAAGUUGUUCUUGCUUAGAUUGGUGCUUUAAUUGAACACUCCAAGCACCCUAACCACUACAGUCUGCAUAAGUAGUUAUGGUGCUAGGAGUGCCCUGGUGCCUUCUACACUAAGUAGUCAAACCAUUUAAGAACUUUCCUGCGUUCGCAUAAUGCCUGCCUUCUUCUUCGUGAAACAGUUUGACUACUUACCAUGAAAGAGUGCCAGUCACCCGUACAGAGGAAUGAAGUGGAUAUGGUGCUUGGAGUGUUUUUUAAGGGCAAAUUUGUUUCAUGUGAAAUAUCGCCUUAUUAGAGCAAGCAGGUUAUAGCUCCAGGUAACUAACUGGUUAAUUUACAAUCACAGAUAUGUUUAUAUUCGCCUCUUGGUAUUUUUUUUUUUUUUUAUAUAUAUAUAUAUAUUAUUUUUCAUAUAAUUUUCUUAUUUCUUUACAUACAUUCCCUUUUAAAUUUCAAUUCAUGUAUUCAAUAUAUCAUAGAUUUUACAUAAUUCCAUACAUAGAAAUACAUAUACAUUUACAUGGAUUGCAGAAUAAAAAUACAUACAAUAAAAACAUUCAAACACAUAUUCACACACCCCAGGGGUCAAUCUUUACUUUAUUACUUAUUGUCCCAUUAUGUAUCUAUGUUCCUUUUAUCUUAUAUUUAUACCAAAACUCAAUAAAUCUUAUUUUCCUUUGGGCCACAUUCAUACUUAUGAGACAUUAAACAUUACAUUUAACUGUAAUAAAUAAUAACUACCUUACUCUGAAUUUCCUCUUUUAUUAUACAUACUUGCUUAGCCAGCUAGGAGCUUUUCCACAAUUUUUGUCCAUUUAUUAAUUUUCCUUAAUCCAUAUAAAUUAUUUUUAAUUAUUCCGAUUUCGCCUCUUGGUAUUUUUAGUCAAUCAAAAUUCAGAUAAGAUUAAAUCCCUAAAAUAGUUGUGUACAGAUAACACAAAGAUGAGACUACAAUAAUGGCAGAUUAUGUUCAUUUUUAAAAGUGAGAUUAGGUACAGUAUUUUUAUAAAUAUGUUUCAAAAUCUCUAAAUAUUGUCUUUCACAUAAAUGAAACUUAAAUGAAGUAGUGCUGUCCCUUUAAAAGUAAACAACAUUGCACAUAAGGAUUUAUUCACUAAACUCUGAAUUUUAGUGACUUAAAUACAAAAUUCCAACAAAAAAUACUGCAUUUUAUGGAAUGUAAGCCAUACCCAUAUAUUAUAACUAGAAAUUUAGAAUUGAAAAAAAAUAAAACAACCAGUGCUGUAUUUACAGUAAACAUCUGCCUAUGUGUCUAGCAUUUGUAGUGUGUUUGUACACAGGGCAUGUAGCAGGUCUGUGCAUACUGGCUCUAGCAUUAAAUGGGUAUAGGUAAUGGUAAUUUUAAUGCAUGACGGUCCAUGCAUGUGUUCGUAGGACUGUUUACGUUUAAUCCCCCCUCCAGCCUCUUGGUGACUUGCCAAUUCCUGGUGCUUCAGUGGCAAGGGACUCUAGCUUGAAUCUCCGCUAGUGCAGACUGCUCUCGGUUUACCAAAGGAAUACUUUCAGCCUGCGUCUAGUGUAGGUGCAGACUAGUGUCUACUAGGCUCCCUCUAGCAUCAGAGGAGUGUACUGGCUCGGUGUGUGAGAUCUUUGAUCUCCCCACAAGACCUGUCCACGUCUGAAGAUAGCCAAAUUCACAAUUUACUUGAAAGAGAGCACUCAGGAGACUAAAUAAUGUUCAAUUGUGCUGCUCUAUAUAUCUCAAGGCUCACUGUGUGUGUAUAAAUAAAAAAUAUAUAUACAUACACACAUGCACACACUCAGAAUAUGGAAUGCAUUUGGAAUAUAGGACAGAGACAGUUUUCACCCCAAAUUUUAUUGUAAAAUAUUGCGUGUUAUAUUAUGAAAAAUAUGGUAGCUGGUCUGGAAAAAAGUCUCCAGCUCACCUCUAGCCCCAGCUUGGUUAUUUUUGCCUUAGUUAUGUAAUUUAUUAUAAACCACAGGAUAAUACAAUUUAUUAUAAUUAAAUAUGAAACGUAAAAUUAGCAAAUAAAAAAACCUGUCAGUUGGUACUUAUCUGUGUAGCAGUUACCCCUCUCUUCAAUCCUCCUAGCCGGACGCAUGUUCUACGGAUUUUGAUGCAGUGUCCACAAUCCGUGGAGAGCUGUUUUUCUUCAAGUCUGGUUAUGUGUGGCGCCUGCGUGGUGGGAAACUGCAGACCGGGUAUCCCGCACUGGCCUCUCGACACUGGAAAGGGAUCCCUGAAGCUGUCGAUGCUGCAUUUGAAGAUUCUGUGGGAAAUAUCUGGUUCUUUUACGGUAAGAAGAAAAAGUAGUAAGAAAAUGGCUGACAUUGCAAGAUUUAUAGUAUUUUACACUCAAAGCACUGUGAUAUUUACUAACUAAACCGUGAAUUACAGGGAAUUAAAGUGAAUUGCUAAUUUUAGGACAAGAUCACAGAGCUAUAAAAAUAACUGCAUUAGAUAAUUUUAUAUUUUAAUUUUUCUAUCAGCUAUUUUGGUCUGAAAUGGGCAAGCUUGUUCUCAGUUCACCACUGGCGAAAAAACCUCUCUUAUAGUUAGGGUGCCUGGCAGUAUAUAUGGUGGAGAAUUCUUACCCACAGCCUCAAUGUGACAGUGCAAGCUAGGGCAGGUCUGUGGGAUCACCUUGCAUUCUUAAGUUUGUUUUGUUUGUCUGCACUAUGGUGCCUGUGUGUAACAUUCUCCCAGAGGGUAAAAAUAUAUAGAUAUUGCUGCCAAGUCCCAGCAGCGUUAGCUCCCAUAGUUCAUCUGCCCCAUAAGGCAGUACACCCCAGGGCCCUUUAUUUCAUGAAGAACAGCAGGGAAAAAUAUCAUGCAAGAUAGAUCAAGUUCAUAUUGAGGUUACACACAGGAAUUCAGUCAUGGAAUAUACCAUGAUUAAUCUACACAUAAUGAAUAGAAAUGUACAGAUACGGGUUAUAUAUAGAAACUAAAACCUAAGCUUGCUAUAUAUUACAUUUUACAUUUUUAAACUGUCUUGCUGUGCUGUUGUGGGUCCGUUAUUCAAUGACAAACUAUUUCAUACUUUCCAACUGUUUCUAUUUUUUGCAAAUUUCGUUUUUUUUACUAUAUAUAUAUAUAUAUAUAUAUAUAUAUAUAUAUAUAUAUACACUAAUUUUUACAGAUAGGAGCAGGUGUGUUUUUGUGUGAAGAGUUGGUGUUUGGAUGUAAUUUUAUCGUUUUAAUACAGGGAUGUGUUUGUAUGGAAUGCUAGCAUUUGCGUGCAGAGGUGUAUUUGGAUGUAGUGUUGGAUUUUAAAUGUGGAUGUACAUUUGUGGGUAGCGUUGGUGUUUGAGUGUUUGACUGUAUAAAAUUUUUGAGUUAGAGUUCAGGGGUGUCUUUUUAUGUCAUGUUUGUGUUUGCAGGAGUGUGUGUUGUGUUGGUGUUUAAUUGCUGGGAUGUCUGUACAUGUACUGCCACAUACAUAUUUACACGUUAACAAACAGAAACACACCGACACAUACACAGUCAUAUACACAAAAACACAUCCACAUGCACACACACUGACACAGAUACACACACCUUAACACACAGAUACACACACUGGAAUAAACAAACACAGAUACCCACACCUUGACACAUUGACACAGACUGGCACAUACAAACACAGAUACACACUAGCACAUACACACAGACAUACACAACUUGACACACAGAUACACACUAGCACACAGAUACACACUUCAGAUACACACUGAAACAUACACGCAUAAGCACACAAAUAAACACACUGGUACAAAGAUACACACAUUGACACAGAUACACACACAGAUGCAUGCAGUGUGUAUCUGUGUGUGUAUGUAUUUGUGUUUCUGUGUGUCAGUGUGUGUAUCUGUGUGCCUUUGUGUAUCUACCAGUGUGUGUAUUUGUGUGUGUGUCAGUUUGUGUUAAAUUGUGUGUAUCUGUGUGUAUGUGCCGGUGUGUAUCUGUGUUUGUAUGUGUGUGUAUGUGUGCUCUAUGUGUGUGUCUAUGUCUGUGUCUGCAUGUGUGGGGGGGCAGUGUAUGGGAGGGGGAGGGUAGAUGUAUGGGGGUGUGGCAAGGGGUAGAGUAUGGGCGGGGGCCCAGGGCAAUUUUCGCACCAGGGCCCCGUGGUUUCGAGUUACACCUCUGGAUGUAAUGCACAGAAAUAAUAUAGGAAACCCAUAUAUCAGGAAAUAGAUAUGUGGAAUUAGGACAUGACUUAUCAAAAAUGUGUGCACCCCAGGAUGAAUGCAGUGCACAGGCUCCAAGCCAACAUCUGGGGUACUAUAUACAAUUUUAAAAAUAAUAACACAAAAACACACACAUAAGGUGGAGGAACCAACAUAGUCCCACCUGAGAACAUGCAAACUGAAAAAUUGAGACCCCCGCCUUCAAGAAAACUAAGUAGGUAUGGCUAGUCUGUAAAUGCAGCAUAGAUAAUGAAAGAAAACUAGCUAGGCCAGGCACUGAGUCCACAGUCCAGGGGACCACCACAACCCGUGAAAAUAGGCACCAACUCGUAACUUGAGAGAGUAAGAGCAGCUAAUUAAAAUCACUAAAAAGUUUUUUUUUACCACUAGAACACAUUUUUAAAUGCCUUAUAAUACAUAUUUUUUGUCACUACCACAACAGGCCCCACACCUGCCCCCCACUCUAUGAUUAUUGCUUAAUUGUAUGCUUACAGGUUUUGUUUAAUUUCUCCUAGACCUCCCAGGCAGCCCAACGGCAUAGCUAAUGUCAUGAAGCCAUAAUAGUCCAUGACCCUUCUUCAUAAUAACCCAUAGGCUAAAGUCGCCUCACUCCAGCCAUCUGCUUGAUCAUCAUCCAGGAGACCCACAGAGCCUCCACUGCAGUUCACGCUAUACUGACCUCUUCACCAGUUUAGGCUCCAUCAAGUCAAAUGACCACUGGUUCGUUAAGGGCAUCAACUUCCCCCAAAAAGGAGGGCUCACAGCAUAGAGGACAGACAGCUCCAGGCCCUCACACCUAGGCCUGGUGCGAAAGUGGUGUGUUAGACCUUUGGUCCAACAUUUCAUGUUUUUAGUUGGUAACUCCAAAAUAAAGGAAUCAUUGUGUGCCACAAGACGUGCUACAGCAGUCUCUGUCCAGCAUCAGUUUGUGCCAGCUUUCCAAUUACACAGAUUGGGCAUAUUGUAAAUGCUCAAGCUGGAGCUGCUGACUGUGACAUUUGUGCAGCUGAACAGCCAGGCCCUGCCACCGGCCAAUGUAAAUGUUUUAGACCUGUUCUAUAAAUUGUGCAAAUUCAUAAGAAUGUUUUGGCAAUGAAAUUUUUUUUUUUACAUGUCAGGAAACUGUUCUAAAUUGUAUUUGCAAAUUAGUGGUUAAUAUCCUAAUUUCAAUCCUAAUUUUCAGAUUAGCUUUAGUGAAUACUGAAAUUGUAUUUUCAAAUACAAUGCAAAAAUAAUGCUCACAUAUUUGUGCCAUAGCAGAAAUGUUUAUUGACUUGAUUAUUAACGUGUUAACAUAAACAUCUGGUCUGAACUAAUUUCAGCAACUUUUUAUGUUGCUUCCAAUUCUUAGGAUCCCAGUAUUGGGUGUUCGAUGGGAAACUACAAGCAUCAGGACCUCUUCAAGUUUCGGAUUUAGGCCUCACAGUACCCAGGGUUCAGGCUGCCUUUGUGUGGGGAAAUGACAAAAAUAGGAAAACAUACCUGUUCAGAGGAUAUGAGUAUUGGCGUUUCAACCCAGAUACUCGGCUUGUGGAGAGUGGGCACUCACGUAGCAUGGCGGAUUGGAGAGGUGUCCCCACCAGCAUUGAUGCAGUCUUCCGGGAUGAGCAAGGUAAAAUCACUUCUUUCAUUAAAGAUUAUAGCAGUGCCAGCAUUAAAACUUUAAGGGCAAGAAUAUUUAUGUUUUUUAAGCUUACUUUAUUUUUGCAUAUCUUCAUGUAAUAUUUUAUUUGUUGAAAGCAAUAAAAAAACAAGGGUGGGUGUUAGCUAAACUUCUGUGUGUUAUAUGCAGGGUUUGCUUACUUUCUGCGUGGACUAUACUAUUGGAAGUUUGACCCGGUUCAGGUGCGUGUGCUGGAAGGUUAUCCUCGUCUCAUCAGCCAGGAUUUCUUCAACUGCCCAGUGACUUCUUCAUCUGCCAACUCAUUAAGAUGAAGAUUUUCAUCUUCUUCCAGGAAUCCUGUUCCAUACCUCACAUGCCCUUGAGGGACAACACGUGGCACACAUGGAAACAUAUUUCAGAGAGCACAGAAUAAUGUAUCCAAAGAGCCAUCUCCUUGAUAGAACAGUGACCUGGUCUCCCAGCUAUAUGUUCUUAUCCCAAACAUCAGGAUAUUGUCAUCUAGCAGGGUAAUAACCCAUGCCAUUGUAUUUUUCCAUAAAACACAUUAUCCUACAAAGAACUCUGAGCACAAUGGAAAUCAUAUAUACACUGUAUCAAAUACCUUGUUAUGUUUGUGGACAUAUCAAUUUGUGUAACUCAUGAUAAUGAUACCUCUGGGUGUUCAUUCAUUUAUUACUGGGGAACAAAACAAUCUCCCUCCACUGAGAUCAAACCUGCUACCUUGUUGCUUACCUCCAAUGAAAAGGAGAUAAAGAAGAGAGAUCUUGGGUUUGGUGAUACAGAAGGGAUUUAUGAGAGCUGUGACCUGGUGCCACAGCUCUCCCUGUCUGCUCCCAUUUGGAAAGUCAUGAGGUUAUACGGAGACUGUGGAAUAAAAUACCAUUGCAAGGUGAUUGUAACAGCAUUAACCAAGGGGAACUAGGAGAAAAGUGUGACUGUGCCUUCUAUUGUUCUUCUGCUAAACCACCAUGAAAAGUGGAGGUCACUGAGUGUGCAGAGCUCCGAGGCCCCAAAGAAUUGAAGGCUCCAAAUUGCAGCAACCCUCCCAAUAAUCCCGAUUGUUGUGUCAGUGAACCACUCCUUAGCAAAUGUUUGCAAUUCACAUGAAUACUUUUUUUAAAUGCAUUUUUUUUUUUUUGUGAUAUCAUUGUUUAUAUGCUAACAAUACCUCUAUCAGUGCCGGACACUGACACAAUAAGAAACUCUGGAAUUUUUUAAUAGUAAAUAUAAUUCAGAGCUGUUCAGGAAACGGCAGCUGUUGGUUUGUAACCCUCAGCUAUUUUAUUAAUUGUUUUAUUGUACUAGCAAAGUGCCAUUUUUCUUCUUAGAAUAGAAGCCAUAUAUGAUGGACUGAGAAAGUGUAGGCAGGCGUUGAAAAGUAACAAAAAGAAUGUUCAUUCUUUGCUACCUGUAAUGCAUUUUUUGUUGAGGUACUUUAGUUGUAUUACCUAUUUGUCACUAUGGAGUUUGGAACCUAAACAGGAUAUGGGAAGUUCCACGUUAAAGGUCCAAGGUAAUCAAAAAGCAUAUCUGUCAUUGCUAUAGCCCUCUGAUUUAACAUUAUGUGUCUGUAUUUGGCUAGAAAUCGUUUAACUAUGUUGACUCCUACUGAUCUUUAGGAUAAUCAGUUUCAUUAUUUAGGCUACACUUGCAGCCAUAAUUACAUAACUCUUUCAUGACAAUGGGCUAUAUGUUUCUCUUUUAGCAUUAUCAACGUCAAUAAUAUUGAAUUUAGUGACUGGUACUAAGGAAGACACUGGGCUAAAUGUUGCCAUGAGCACAAUUUAUUAAAUGCACUAUAUAUCAAUGUCUAAUUUAGGUGCAGACCUCUAUUAAAAAAAACAUUAAUUGCAAAAUGCACAGCUCACUUACCUUGUUUCUUUAGCAAGUUGUAGCACACUACCAAAUCAGAUAAAACCAACACACUUUUUGUUUGAUAAACACAUAGAGCUUCUGUAAAAGUGACUACUUAGAAAAGUGAAUAUUUAGGCAAACCAGCAGAUUGUUCCUAUUACUUCUUUAGGCUUCUGUGGUAAUUGCUCCACUUUUAGGAGUGUCUCACAAUUUCAUAUCAUAAUGUCAAUUAUAAUAUCCCCUGAAACAAGAGCUACAGACGCCAACGUGUAACUUUACAGCAAUAAGAACAAUGUAAGCGUCUUAUAAAAACAUAUAAAUAUAAACCUUAUCAUGCCCAGCUUGUUUAUACAGGUUUACAAAAAUGUACACAGUAGAGACCAAGAAAUAUUGUUUUUAAGAUAUAUAUAUAUAUAGUUGCAAUCAAAAUUAUUCAACCCCCAUUGAAAAUCAGGUUAAUUUAUUUCAGCUGUUUGCAAUGAACAAGUCAAACAAAAUCAAUUUAAGUAGCUCAACACAACAAAUGCUUCAAGUGGUUUCCCCAAAUUCAACUGAAAAUGCAACUAAUGGCAAGCAUGUUUAGUACUUAGUAGAGCACCCUUUUGCUGUCAUGACCUGCUGCAAACGAGAUGCCUAGCCAAACAGCUUCUGGCAGUGUUCCUGAGGAAUCUUAGCCCAUUGCUCAUGAGCACUGGCCUCAAGUUCAGUAAUAUUCUUGGGUUUGCGUGCUGCAGCUGCCUUCUUCAAAUCCCACCAGAGAUUUUCUAGGGGAUUCAAGUCAGGUGACUGUGAUGGACAGUCUAGCAUUUUCCAGAACUUCUGCCACCGUGCUUUGUUGGAAUUUAAAGUAUGCUUGGGAUCAUUGCCUUGUUGGAAGGUCCAAUGAUGCCCAAGCUUCUGCUUCCUCUUACUGCUGAUCCAUUGGGCUGAAAAGUUCCAGUUUUGUUUCAACGCCCCACCGACCAGAAUCCCAAACUACUGUGGCUUAUUUAAAUGAUUUUCAACAUAUUGGAGCUGACUUUUCUUAUGCUUUUGGGUCAGUAAUGGUGUAUGUCUUGGAGUUCUGGCAUAGAAAACGUCCGCGUUUGGUAUGCACCUUACUGUGCUCACUGAAACCUCAGUGCCUCUUGACAUCAAGUCUUGCUUUAGGUCUUUUGCAGUAACUCGAGGGUUUUUCUUCUGCCCCAUCCAAGUAGUGUAACCACUGUUUCUUCAUCUUUGAACUUGCAAACUAUGCUUCCAACGGUGUCUAUAGAAACAUUUAGUGCCUUCGCUAUCUUUUUGUAUCCUGUUCCUUGUUUGUGGAGCGAUGAUCUCUUUUCUUAACUUUGUGGACCAUUUUUUGACUUAGCCAUACUUCUAACAUGCAGUCAAACAUGACACUCAAAAAACUCCUAGCCAGUUCAGGUUAUUCAAGUAUUCCAGCUCAAGCACACCUAGUGCAUCUAAUGAAGAUCUUGAUUAGUUGCAUCACGUGUGCUUGAGUCUAACCUUUUCAUUCCUCCUAUGGAUGGUGUAGCAUUGCUUGUUAUCCCUACCCAGUGCCAGUUGUUAGAUCGAAAUAUCCCAAGUAAUAUAUACUUUUGGGUUUCUUUUUUUUUAAAAGAUGUCAAUUCUUAAUAAUUCGAGCGUAACUGGAGAUUCACUCUUCAAUGUUACAAGUGAUCCAAGGAGAAACAUCAUCAUCUCAAGCCUGACCAUGAUUUACUGGACUAUAUUCUAGUGCAGGAAUAAGCAAUCUUCAGCUGGUAAGCAUCAGGGAGAUGUCGUCCACAACACCGGGAGUUCCGUAGGUUGCCUUCCUAGAUCUAGUGAUUAUUUUAGUGUGUUGCUGCAGCAGAAGUGCUUAUAUUUUUUUCUCUCCAAAAUGGAAACCAGCACAGUAUAAAUACUGUAAUGCUGAGCAUGUUUCAUACACUGACUGAUGUAUUUGCAUUGUGCUCUGUAAAAUCAUAGAAACUAAGGGUCAAUAUGAAAAGAAUUCUUAUUCCACAUUGAGUUGGAAAAUCCAUUGUUAUUUUUUAAAAAAAAUCAAUGUGAACUUUUAAAGCUCCACUAUUGUAUAUAGACUUUUAUAUGACUUGUAAUAAACAUGCUACUUUUUUAUA